AUGCCUCUCAAAGUUAUAAUUGCUGGUGCAGGCUUGGGUGGCCUGGGCGCCGCUAUCGCCAUGGCCCGCGCUGGCCAUCAUGUAGAGAUUUUUGAACAAUCAAGAUUCCUUAACGAGAUCGGUGCUGCAAUUCACAUUGCCCCCAACGCUACCAGGGUACUCAAGUCCUGGGACAUCGACUUUACCGAGCUACAAGCCGUCUUAUGCAACGCCAUCAAGAUCUACGAUCAUAAAGGGAAGCCCAUACUCGUCACUGCGAAACUCGAAGAACUUCAGAAAAGUAUUGGCAACAAGGAUGAAUGGCUCUUGACUCACCGCGUUGACCUGCACAACACUCUUCGCAAGGCAGCCAUGGAAAAGACAUUCGCGGGAACAAUAGAGAUUCGCACUGCAAGCAAGGUGGUUCAUGCGGAUGCAGAGAAAGGCGAAAUUACUUUGGCGAGCGGAAUCAAACACAGAGGUGAUUUACUAAUCGGAGCAGAUGGUGUCCAUUCCAAGGUCGUUUGCUCCGUCGCAGGAGGCCCGCCUGUGCGUGUCAGUACAAAACAAAACGUAUUCCGGUUCCUGGUACCUAUCGACAAGCUCAUGGCGAACCCCAUAACCGGGCCCUUUUUCGACAAGCUUGGUUUCGACUGUCAACACGUCUUCACCACUCGAGAUCGCAGAAUGGUGGUCUACCCAUGCCGGAAUGCCAAGUUGCUCAACAUCGUCGCCAUGCACCCAGCUGAAGAUGCUGGUUUCGACUCAGAGUCUUCGUGGCUUGCAGGCGGGAAAAUAGAGGAUUUGCUUGAAGUCUACAGGGAAUUUGGACCUGAGCUUAUUGAGAUGUGUAGGAUUGGCGAGGACUUGAAACUGUGGAGUCUGGCUACGAGAGACCCCCCUACCCAGUUCUACAAGGGCAGAACUGUGCUGCUUGGCGACGCAGCGCAUCCCAUGCUCCCACGCAAUAUUAUAGAUCAAGGACAAGGCGGAGCGCAAUCCUUUGAAGAUGCCGCAGCUCUCGGGAUCUUGUUCCCCGCCAACACGACCGUGGACGAUGUACCUCGUCGACUGGAACUUUACAACAAGCUACGCUAUCCACGAUCUGUCACUGUGAUGUUUAUGUCAAAGAUUAACGACGAGAGGCGAGGCGAGAUGAUGGAUGAUCUUCGCAAAUUUGUCCCUGAUGCGGAACUCCCUCCCAACAUUUUCCCCUACCUGUGGAAUAACUUUGUCCUUGACGAUGCGAAAGAGGCUCUUGCGGCAGCAGCUUGA